AUGCCUGCCGCUUGUUCAUCAGAUGGCCAUCUGAUGAACGUUUUGGAGCGUCCACAAGCGUGUGGAUGUACUACGAGUGAGUGCGAUGGCCUCACUUGUGGUACGGUCGUUAGUACGACUGCACAAAACCUUAGUGCAUCAAACGGUUACACUUCGGAGCAAAGUUCCGGCGGCUGUGAGGAAACACAGGCUGCGCCGAAGGUCCACCACUCGAAUAAGUCGGGUGGACUGGGACAAAGAUGUAUCCCUAGCGGGGAACAUCUAGAAGAGAAACAAUCGAUCGCUCAGGUUAAGCGAAACGAUAAUCCUAGAUCGACUGGAGAGUCUUUCGUAGAGGAUCUCGCUGUGGUUGCGCAACCCCAGCUAGAGGAAGUAAAGGGAAUAAGUCCCAAGAUUACAAAUACGGCGGAAAUAAGUUCCCCGAAACCCGCGGGAAUAAAUCCCCGGGAAGACGAAGGAAUAAAUCCUUCGAAGCCUGAGGGAAUAAGUCCCCAGGAAAUGACAGAGACAUUGAAUGUCAUAGUCAAUAACGGAUCAAGUGUAGGCGCUUAUACACUUGAUCUGAUUGCGCCUCCGAAGUUAACUUCGGAGAUCACUCAGUUGCCAACGCUCGAACAUAAAAGGUUCUUGCGUGAUCUGCGUAGUGGCAAAGUCAAGCAGAUCUGCAUACUCGUCGCUGACGACGAGUGUGUAACCGACAUAAGGUCAGCAACAGUGUUUACGGAGAACGAGAGAGUUCUCAGUAGUUCAUCUAUGGACGAGAGUGUCCUAGAUGAAAAGACACGAAUUGAGCGAUAUGACUCCCAAUCAUGGGAAUCGCUCAAGAAAAAUCCUCUCUAUGAAGAUUUGGUUGAAUUCAAGGAUGUAUUCCCUGAAACUGUUCCGUGCGAAUUACCGAAGGAUAAAGGUAUUCGACACGAGGUCGAGCUUAAACCAGGCUCGAAGUACUGUGUCAUGAAGCAGUGGCCACUGCCUCGUGAACAAGUACUUGCGAUCGACAAGUUCUUUGCCGAUCGUUUAGCUGCGAGGCCAUGUGAGGGAAUCAACUUCCCCACAUAG